AUGGCGACUGUGAAAUUCUCUCUUUCUCUAGCUUCAAAAUCACCACCUCCGACGUCUCUCAUCCCAAAUGCGGCGCGUGCGUCUAACGCGACACCUUCGUCGCGAUUCAUGGGCAAGUGCCUGAGAGCAAAACCGAUGAUGAUACACAGAGCAUCUCACUCCGGGGGAGGAAUCACUUGCUCUGCUGCUUCAUCUUCUCCAGCGACUCUUCCCUCUGCUCUCCUCUUCGAUUGCGAUGGCGUGCUUGUUGAUACCGAGAAAGACGGUCACAGGAUCUCUUUCAACGACACUUUCAAAGAGAGAGAAUUGGGUGUUAACUGGGAUGUGGAUUUGUACGGCGAGCUACUGAAAAUCGGUGGUGGAAAAGAAAGGAUGACGGCGUAUUUUAACAAGGUUGGUUGGCCAGAGAAAGCUCCAAAGGAUGAAGAAGAGAGGAAAGUGUUCAUAGCUGGGCUUCACAAGCAAAAGACUGAGCUUUUCAUGGUUCUCAUCGAGAAAAAGCUGCUUCCUCUUCGUCCCGGUGUUGCAAAGUUGGUUGAUCAAGCUUUAACGAAUGGAGUUAAAGUCGCAGUGUGUAGCACUUCGAAUGAAAAGGCGGUUUCUGCUAUAGUUUCAUGCUUGCUUGGACCACAACGAGCUGAGAAGAUCAAGAUCUUCGCAGGAGACGUAGUUCCCAAAAAGAAACCUGAUCCGGCUAUAUACAACUUAGCAGCUGAAACUCUUGGAGUUGAUCCUUCAAAAUGUGUUGUGGUUGAAGACAGUGCGAUCGGACUAGCAGCUGCAAAAGCUGCAGGAAUGACUUGUAUAGUUACCAAGAGUGGAUACACAGCAGAUGAAGACUUUGAGAACGCAGACGCUGUGUUCGACUGCAUUGGAGACCCUCCAGAGGAGAGAUUUGAUUUAGCAUUCUGUGCAAGUCUUCUCCAGAAACAGUUCGUUAGUUAA